UCUAUGAGUACUUGGACCUGUGCGCAAAGCAUGUGCGAAUUUACAGUUCUAGUGAGAAUGUUGGGGUUAGUGAAGAGAGGCAGUGAGGAAAAUAAUGUGCUAUUGAGUUGGGCUGUAGUGAAGGCUUCGUGCGUACUGUGGUCGCGAGGUCACUUUGAUAAGCAAAUGGAGAAGUGGAGUCAUGCAAGCAGAAAACACUCAUUCACAUCGUCCGCAAAUGGAAAGUCACUAGAAAAUACCCAUAUGGGAGAGUACCGCUCAUUCUGUGCUUCCUGUUUAGCAGCACUGCAAGCAUUGCAGCAGCACAUGAAUGUGAAUAUGAGUCACAGAGUUAUAGAGUUAUAGAAGAAGCUAUUAUUCAGCACUCAAGUGAAUGAGUUUUGCAGUUUUGCGCUAAAAUAAAU